UCACCUGACAUGACGGCUCCAUACCUCGAGAGAACUAACGCUGAGCACAUCUGUUUCCCUGGGUUCGUUCUUAUCGGAAACGUGAUCAGAGUUUGUCAGAAUGACAGCACUUUCGAUGGAGUACCACCAACAUGUCAACGUAUACAGUGUGAAGAGCUGCCAUGUCUUGAGAAUGGAUCAAUCUUGUAUCACAUCGGCACCCCUUUCCCGGGCGCAAUAGCAAUGUACACGUGUGAGGAUGGGUUCUUCCUAGAUGGGGGAUAAUGAGAGGAACUGUAUCACUGGAGAGGCAGGAAGUAUAACAGUGUGGGUGUGGACUGGCCAAGAACCACAAUGUGUCUCUUUGUGUAACGAUCUUCCACCAUUCGCUAACGGAAUGAUCAUCUACAAUGCGUCUGAAGGACCACAUAGGACAGUUGCUACGUACACUUGUGAUGAAGGGUUCCAGCUCCUAGGAGAUGAGAUAAGGACCUGUGAAGAUGGAGUGUGGGCGGAAGCUAGUCCUCUUCAGUGUGCACAAGAAGCUCCAGGUGCUGUUAUUGGCAUUGUGAUUGGAUCAUUGGCUCUUAUAGUUGCUCUAUUGGUGGUUGUCAUUUUACUGGUUGCUCUGAGAUAUCGGAGGUAUAAAUCAAAGACCUUGGGUAUCAAUGAAAAUAGUCCACCAGAUAUGUGAGUUUAGUUUCUCUGUAUUACUGA